UAAAGGAUCACUGAACGCAUUUUCUCCGCUCCACGUCCUGGGAAACGGCUCAGGCUCCCCAAGCUACAGGUCAUAGGCGCCUGCUUCGCGGGGGAAAUUUAAUGCGGCGAGUCGCCCGGAAGUAGCUGUAGCGGAGACUGCGCAGGAGGCCUGCGCGGGAGAGUAGCGACGAGGGCGCUGGCGGAGGGAAGCACGGGUCGGAGAGGGUCCCGCACUCCAGCCUCUGGCCGUCAGGACUUGCUUUCUGCUUGCUCUGGACGGAGGUGCCUUUGACGGAGUUAUUCAAGGAGGAGAAAGUCUGUUGAGGGUGAGCCCAGGUCGUCCCGGAAAUGCGAUGGCCGAGGAGCGGGCACCAAGGACCUGACGGAGGUUGGGUUUCAAACCAAGAUACUGGAUUCUCCUAGUUAAGUUAAAGAGCUCUGAGUGCUUAACAGUGAAAAUGGCAUAAUCUGCAUUAACAUCUCAUAACUUGAAGGCAUGACAAUUAAGGAACAAACAGGGACUUGUGGCAUGUGGAAAUGUGUGCACAGAAAAAGAAAAUCUGUAACUCUUUAAAAGUAGGAAGCCAUUCUUCUUUACCAAAAUGGGUACAUUCUGCUCAGUUAUCAAGUUUGAGAAUCUCCAAGAAUUAAAGAGACUGUGUCACUGGGGUCCCAUCAUAGCUCUUGGUGUUAUAGCAAUAUGUUCGACAAUGGCCAUGAUUGACUCUGUGUUGUGGUAUUGGCCCUUACAUACAACUGGAGGAAGUGUGAACUUCAUCAUGUUAAUAAAUUGGACUGUCAUGAUUCUUUAUAAUUACUUCAAUGCCAUGUUUGUUGGUCCUGGCUUUGUCCCUCUGGGGUGGAAACCGGAAAAUUCUCAGGAUAGCAUGUAUCUCCAGUAUUGUAAAGUCUGCCAAGCAUACAAAGCACCACGUUCACAUCACUGCAGAAAGUGUAACAGAUGUGUGAUGAAGAUGGACCAUCACUGUCCUUGGAUCAACAACUGUUGUGGUUACCAAAAUCAUGCUUCGUUCACACUGUUUCUCCUUUUAGCACCACUGGGUUGUGUCCAUGCUGCUUUCAUUUUUGUUAUGACUAUGUACACACAGCUUUAUAAUCGGCUCUCCUUUGGGUGGAACACAGUAAAGAUUGAUAUGAGUGCAGCCCGGAGAGAUCCUCUUCCAAUUGUUCCAUUUGGAUUAGCUGCAUUUGCUGCCACCUUGUUUGCCUUGGGAUUAGCUUUAGGAACAACCAUUGCUGUUGGAAUGUUGUUUUUUAUCCAGAUGAAAAUAAUUCUCAGAAACAAAACCUCUAUUGAAUCAUGGAUUGAAGAAAAGACAGAAAAAGAAAAAGAAAAAGAAAAAAAAAACAAAUAUCAGCAGGGGCCAUACAGACAACCUAAAGGAGGGGAUGCACCUUGUGUAUCAGAGAGCUACCUGAAAGAGAGAGCAGUGUUGCCUAGGGGAAUAUUUGCUAAAGAUCGAAUUCAAUAUUACCAACUAGAUGAAGUCUUUGUUUUUCCUUAUGAUAUGGGAAGUAGAUGGAAGAACUUUAAACAGGUAUUUACAUGGUCAGGGGUCCCAGAAGGAGAUGGAUUGGAGUGGCCAAUACGAGAAGGCUGUCACCAGUACAGCUUAACAAUAGAACAGUUGAAACAAAAAGCAGAUAAAAGAGUCAGAAGUGUUCGUUAUAAAGUCAUAGAAGACUAUAGUGGUUCCUGCUGUCCUUUGAAUAAAGGAAUCAAAACCUUCUUCACAAGCCCUUGCACUGAAGAACCUCGAAUACAGCUACGAAAAGGGGAGUUCAUAUUAGCCACAAGAGGGUUACGGUACUGGUUGUAUGGAGACAAAAUUCUUGAUGAUUCCUUUGCAGAAGGUGUUUCAAGAAUAAGAGGAUGGUUCCCUAGAAACUGUGUGGAAAAGUGUCCCUGUGAUGCUGAAACAGAUCCAGCGCCAGAGGGCGAGAAGAAAAACAGAUAGCCACUGUUUAAAUGAAAUUAUCCUUUAAGUCUGCUUUAUUACUUGAAAAUUAUACAUAUUACUAAAAGAUUAUGCAAUGAGCCUAUUCUGGUUAAGGUGUUCUUUUCCUCAAAGGUGCCCUAGUGCCAUGAUUUAAAUAUUUUUAUUACCAUUUUUAAAUGGAGAAGCCAUUCUGCAUAUGCCUUUGAAUCCCUGCCUCUGUACCACCUAUUCUUCCCCCUGAAAGGAGCAGCAUUUCACCCAAGUAAGUUAAUUGCAUUUUCUCUAGGGUUUUUUUUUUUAAUGUGCUGCACACUCUGGACCUCACCUGCAGAUACAGUUCCCCCUUUGCCAGGAGCAUCUGCAUGUGAUAAUUUUGUUUCCCCCUCAGUUGCUAUUUCUUAUAUAAUAUUCUGGAUACUAUAGAACUUAAUUUGUCAAGUUCAGCAUAAGCUCAAAUUUUGUUACCUGUCUUUUAAUAACGCAAAUUUUGUCAAAUCAAAUAAAGAUCAAUGGAUG